AUGAAGGUCCACGACACAAGGUCACACCACCACCACCACCAGCCGUCGGACCAGGACACCAAGAUCAUGACCAGGAAGCAGAAAGCUGCACAGGAAGGCCAUUCCCCGACCAAGAAGCCCAAGAACGAAACCGAUCACCACUCCGACGAUGGGGCGAACAACGGGAAAUCCUCGUCGGGAGGGGAUUUCGGCAAGGAGUUUGAUGAGUUCUCGAAAGCCGUUAGAGAACAUCUUUCGAUCGCGCAGAUGAGGGAAAUCCUCGAAUCGAACGAUCAGGACCCUUCGGGCUCGGAAGGCGUCGUCAUCACCAAAUGUCAGGACCUGCUGUUCUUCGGGCCGCUCGAGAGGUGUCCGUUGUGCAGCGCGAAUUUGGAGUUCAACGGCAGAAUAUAUGCGUGUAAAGGUUUCUACAGCGAGUGGUCUAGUUGUACUUUCAAGUCCAAGAACCCUCCCAGAAGACGGGAUUCGACUAAAUUACCCGACUCUGCUCUCAAUUCCUCCAUUGUUGAUAUGCUGAAUAAGUAUCAGGAACCAAGCAGCCGGCCUCAAAGGGAUGUAGCGGUGCCUCUGAAGCCGCUGGCAGGAAUGGUUAUUGCGCUAUCAGGCCGUCUUUCCAGGACCCAUCAAGAAUGGAGGAAACAGAUUGAGCAGAAUGGCGGGAAAGUUUCAAACUCGGUUUUGGGAGUUAAUUGCCUCAUUAGCACAUCCGCGGAGCGAGAGCGUGGAGGCUCAUCCAAGCACUCAGAGGCAAUUGAGAACGGAAUCAGAGUAGUGAGGGAAGAGUGGUUGGUGGACUCCAUUGAGAAGCAAGAGCUUCAGCCGUUGGCAGCAUACGAUAUCAUGUCCGAUAUAGCCGUGGAUGGCAAAGGGAUUCCUUGGGACAAACAGGAUCCCACCGAUCAAGCUCUCGAGUCCCUGACCGCCGAGCUGAAGCUGUACGGGAAGAGGGGUGUGCACAAGGACACGAAGCUGCAGGACCAAGGGGGAGCCAUUCUUGAGAAAGAUGGGAUCUUGUACAACUGUGCUUUCUUCCUUUGCGAUCUCGGCCGUGAGAUGAAUGAGUUCUGUAUUAUGCAGCUGAUCACUGUUCCAGACACUAAGCUGCAUAUGUACUACAAGAGAGGCAAAGUUGGUGACGACCCGAAUGCAGAAGAGAGGCUGGAGGAGUGGGACAGCGUGGAUGGUGCUAUAGCCGAGUUCGUUAGCAUGUUCGAGGAGAUUACUGGAAAUGAGUUCGAGCCGUGGGAGAGGGAGAAGAAAUUCGAGAAGAAGAGACUCAGCUUCUUCCCAGUUGAUAUGGAUGAUGGAGUUGAUGUGAGGCAUGGAGGACUAGGGUUGAGGCAGCUCGGGUCCGCGUCUCUACAUACAAGUCUUGAACCGAAGGUUGCCAAUUUCAUGAAGGUCUUGUGCAGCCAGGAGAUCUACAGGUAUGCGUUAAUGGAGAUGGAUAUGGAUGCCCCUGACUUACCAAUGGGAAUGCUGUCAGAUAUUCAUCUGAAGAGAGGUGAGGAGGCUCUACUUCAAUUUGUGGAAGCUGUGAAAUCAGCCAAAGGGUCGGGUCGGAAAGAGGAGGCUGUUUGGUCUGACUAUAGCCAGCGGUGGUUCACUCUCAUGCCUUCUACCAGGCCUUUCAUCUUCAAAGACUACAAACAAUUGGCAGAUAUUGCUGCAGCUGGCUAUGAGACGGUGAGAGACAUCAAUGUCGCAUCGCGCCUCAUUGGAGAUAUGUCUGGUGCAACCCUGGAUGACCCGCUCUCGGAUAGAUACAAGAAGUUAGGUUGCUCCAUUUCUGCUCUCGACAAGGAGUCUGAUGACUACAAGAUGAUUGUGAAGUACCUUGAAACAACCUAUGAGCCUGUCAAAGUUGCAGACAUCGAAUACGGUGUCAGGGUUGAGGACAUUUUUGCUGUGGAGUCAAGUGUGAGCCCGUCCUUAGAGGACAUGAAGAACUUACCUAACAAAGUUCUGCUGUGGUGUGGAUCCAGGAGUUCGAACCUGCUGAGGCAUCUGCAGAAAGGAUUCUUGCCUGCAGCUUGUUCACUUCCUGCUCCAGGCUACAUGUUUGGAAGAGGAAUAGUUUGCUCUGAUGCAGCAGCAGAAGCAGCUAAAUAUGGAUAUACAGCUGUGGAUAGGCCGGAAGGUUUCUUAGUUCUGGCAGUAGCUUCUCUUGGCAAUCAGAUCCUCGAGGUGAAGACCCCACCCCAGGAUACCAAGAGCCUGGAAGAGAAGAAAGUUGGAGUUAAAGGUCUAGGCAGGAAGAAAACCGAUGAAGCUGAGCAUUUCACAUGGAAGGACGGGAUCAAAGUUCCUUGUGGCAAGCUAGUGCCUUCAGAGCAUAAAGACAGCGUUCUAGAAUAUAAUGAAUAUGCUGUCUAUGAUCCCAAAAUGACGAGCAUAAGGUUUUUGGUGGCAGUCAAGUACGAGGAGCAGAAUGCGGAGCUUGAAGAUGUAGAACCUGCAUAA